CGCUCGACACACAGCCUCAACACAGCCUCGACACAGCCGUACUCUGCUCUUCGGGGUCGCCGUUAACCUAAGAAUGAGGAACAGUUAGCGGUGGAACUUGCACAACCUUUUGAACUCUUAUAGCCUGGCGGUCCGGUAGUACCAGGGAGCUCACGAUCAUCUGCCGCUUUGGAUGCUAGUAUGACAUGGCGAUCCCGGGGUUUGGCUUCUCCUUUGGCGACUUUACAGCAGGUGUCAAGCUUGUGAAAGAUCUUAUCAUAGCACUAAACGACAGCGUUGGAGCGAAAUUGCAAUACCGACGCCUUAUCAGCGAGUUGAUAAGCCUCGAACGCGCAUUGACUGAGGUCCGACAUCUCCAAGUUGAGGACUCUCAGGCAUCACAGAAGAUCGCGUUGGAACAGGCCGCAUUGCAAUGUCAAGAGAGCAUUGAGGAUUUCUUGAGGCGGAACGCGAAGUUCAAAACGUCCCUCGGUGCUCAUACGACUUUCUCGAAAUGGAGUUGGCGUACUAAUUUGCAUAAGAUACAAUGGGCUUUGUGUGAGGAAGAUGCGGUUAAUAAGCUGAGAGCGGAAAUAACAGGGCACACUUUGACCAUUAAUACUCUGCUAACGACAAUACACUUAUCAGCGACAGCGUUACAGACGGAGUUGGCGAAGAGUUACCAACUGGAAACCAAGGAACACCGCAAGGUGACGGACGAGGCACAAUCUCUAGUAAAGCGGAACCAUGACCUUCUAAAUACUCAGGCAGAUCUUAUCCUUACGAUUUCCCGAAAUGUUACAACUUGUUCAACCCACCAGCAAACCGAAGAACUCCGAUUAAUUAUGCUCAAAGUCCUCGCCACAAACAUGAAAAUCUACCAGAUGGUCUUGGAUAUACAGAAACUCCAAUUCCAAGUCCCUGCGCAAGUUGACCGUCAACUGCCUAUCUCCUUUGAGGAUGCCCACGGCCGGAUAGCUCCAUUCCAUAUCGAGUUUAUCAAUUCAUUCGAAGCGUUUCAGGCGGUAAUGGAAGUUCGGUUCCGCUACGUACCGGGACUAAAGAAGGUACGGAAUAUCGAAUAUGCGAUACAUGAGUCUAGUUCGAAGAGGAAGCUUGAUCUCACGGCACCAUGGGAUUCUAUUUUCUUGCCAGGCAGGAAGGUGAAUAUGAGCAUGGUCUUUCGCAGACCGCAGACGUCUAUGUCAUCGUGCCCCGGGUGUCAGGCUGAGAACGAUAUCGACGGUAGUAAUGAAGGAUCUGAGAUUCAAUGGUCAGCUGUUAACCAUCGCCUAUAUAGUUCUAAUGUGGACUGCAAGAUGUGGUACCAGCGAAUCAUCGAGAUGAACGAGCCUCAAGAAGACCCAAUCGCUGCGCCGAAGAUCCAGCUGGGCAAGCGCAGUCGAAAAGCCACGCUAGCGUCAUCUAGGAAAAGAUCCAAAUGGCCAGUCGUCGAAGGUGCUAAUUACGAUGCGGAGGAAGCAGCCGAAGAUGACGAUGGCGAUGAGGAUGAGAUACAGCAAUUCCGACGGGUACAUGUCGUUCACAAUCAUCUUGUGCCGGUAUCUCCACUGCGACAUGUGCAGUGUGACCACUCUGUGCCUAUGAGCUUCAAUGUGGAGCAGAACUCUGGUUAUUGGACCGUACCCGAACAAACCGACUUCCUUGCGCUACUGCGAUAUUUUGGGACAGACUGGUACGGGAUAGCAAGGCAUAUGACUUCAAAAACGCACAUAAUGGUGUAUGCCACCGUCUUUCAACAAUGGCUUACUAUACCGUCUGAUAGUAACAAGAGCCGGCGUCUCUCUGGAACCCAGACGCAGGUCAAAAACUACUACCAACGCCAUGCGACAUCGGAUGAAAUGAGUUCAUGGGAACAAAUUGCAAAUGAAGCUGAUGAGAAGAUAGGGCGUGGAGAGUCUACAGGCCCCGUUCCAACUCCUACAAUUCUUCCAAAGAGACCCUUUAGAGGCCUACAAAACUCUGUCUCGUGUUCAGAAUCCUCUAUUGAUGGCAUUGAUAAUAUACAGCCAGCCCUGCAAAAUUCGGUAAUGCAGCAGGCUUCCUCGCCACAACCUACCUUGAGUACGCGCUUUCCUGCACUGACCCAAACCGGCCCUGUUCCUCAGACCAUGGUUUCAUCGACUACUUCAGCCUUCCUCCUAGCCAAGCACAUGCCUCAGCAAUCUGGCCAACAGGCACCCCAGCAAAUGCAACAACAGAUCAGAGUUCACCCAGGACCUUCGCAACGUCCAAUUAUGCAAGUCUCCCAAGCCGAGAAGGAGCGCAAAAAGGAUAUACAACGGAAGCGACGAGAGAAGAGUGUGGCAAGAAAUAUCGAACAGGAGGAGACUGCAUUAGCUAAGGCGCAAGCAGUCGAAGAUGAGGCCGAGAGACAGAAGUUCAUCAGGGAAGCUCAAAAAGCCAAGAUUAUGCUGGCAAGGGGUGACAAGAGCCCAGAAACCCGAGCAGCGCCUCUAGAGCCUAAUUUCCUCAGCGGCAUAAUGCCCACCCCCACAGCUGCAGACGCAGAGGUCCCGAAGAAAUUGAAACGCGGCGGUGCUCGACCAAGGAAGUCCAAGGAGCAAAAGCAGGCAGAGAAGGAUUGUGCAGAAGCUGCACAAGCUGCGAUCGAUGCUGGUGAAAAACCUCCACCACUCGAAUACUUCACCUCAGCAUAUAUAUCUCUGGUUACUGCGAACUUCCCACCGCAGUCACCCAUCUCACCACCUCAUCCUUAACGGGCUUCGCAAUUGCCGCGAAUGGCUCCGACAGCUCUAUCGUCCGAUCGUGGCUCUAUAACAUUUCUUUUCAACUCCAGCCACCUUAAGAACAAUCUUUCAAAUGAUUGAAAUGUUUUAAACUUCUUUUUUUAAAAAAAAAAUGAUAAUGAGAAUAGUUAUACUUUUCUAAUUUUUUUUGCUUAAUAAGACUUUUAAGAAAACUAUUGCAAGCUUUAUAAAGUAUUAAUUUAAUAUUGAACUGCAAUUGGCGGCACUCUGGCUUGC